GGUUGGUCCCAGCACAAAAACUCGCCAUUGCAUUAUUGCAUUUAUGAUUAGGCUUUUUUGCCUCUUCCUCUAUGUACGGUAGACGGUUGUACGGCUGUCAGCGGUGCUUCGAAAUCCAUCACGGCUUGCUUGUAGCGCAGCGCCGCAAAAUUUCAAAAGCACAGAUGGCCAGUGAACCGGACAAACUCUCUCGGCAUCGCUACUACUAGUACUACGCAUUACUAGUAGCUGCUCUAGCUACCUCGACCACUAGCUAGCUUGGACGUUGCUGCUGCUGGUCCCUUGUGUUUGUUACCGUACCAUACCAGUAUCCAUAGAUUUGUUCGACAUGGAUAACAGAAAGCGAAGAAGGGAUGAACUCCGCAGCAGUGACAGCGAAGAAGAGGAAAAGCAAGGGGACGAUCGCCCCAGGUUCGCGGCUCGGCGGCCAGACCCCCCUUCAUUUUUCGCCUCCUCCGACACCGAAGUAGAAGUAGCCAGCGCCAGAGCCUGUCAACAACCACCUGAAGUCGCCUCAGCCCCCAUGCCUAGUGAACCUUCGCUACAAGCAGCACAGAAUAUGGGAAUGUUGGGCAGCGCUGCCGAAGGCUUUGGGGCUGGUUUUCCGCCCGCACCGGCUGGGGGACUCGAUGCGUACAGUGGAGCACUCUUCCAACAGGCAAACCUUCAAAGGCAGAUGGGUCUUGCCAUGCUCAUGGGACAAGGUGGGCCGCCUGAUCCUCUGGUUAUGCAGUAUUUGGCAUCGCAACAACAGCAGCAACAGGCAGGCCAGGUUCCUUUAUCAAUGAACAUGUUCUUGUCUCGUCAGGCCGCCCAACUGCAGCAACGGAUGCAGCAACCUGGACAACAGCAGCAAUUGCAGCAGUUACAACAGUUGGCUCAACAACAGCACCUUGCAGCAGCGGCACACCAGCACUUCCAACUCCAGCAGCAAGCCAUGGGUGCGACGGCUGGUCUUCCGGUAUUGGCGCAGCUUCAGGGUGGGGGAGGAGGAGCCCCUCAUCAUUUGCAGCUAGCGGCAUUGCGCAAUCUCGGUGGCCAAUUUCAGGCGAGCGGUGGUGAAAAUAGUCUAUCUCAAGCGACCGCUCCAAGGGUAGAGCGGAGUGCUGCACCGGCUCCAAUUCGUUCCACCCCUCGGUUGACUGGCAGGCCCCCGAUUACUCUUGACUUGGACACAGAUGGCAACAGCCUUUCGCCCUAUCAGUGUUUGGCACGGAAGCACAUGGAGCUUUUUGAAGCUUUGCAGGUGGAUGUCGAUGGUGGUGCUCAGGGACGAAAUAGGCCCAUAGUCCUUGGUCAGGUUGGCGUCCGAUGCAGAUAUUGCACCCACUUGCCCUUGAAGCAGCGGUUGAAAGCAUCGUCAUAUUACCCAGCUAAAGCCCAAGGAUUGUAUCAGGCUUGUCAAAACAUAUUGAACGGGCACAUGUUGAAAGAAUGCCGCACUUUCCCGCUGGAUGUCCGCAGAGAUUUGAUCAAGUUGCAGACCCGAAAAUCAGCACCUGGGGGAGGAAAACACUUUUGGAGUGAAGCUGCGGAGACACUGGGGGUUUAUGAAGACGAGCAUGGGUUGCGGUUUCACCCGUUGCAAAACACAAAUGAUCCACCUGAUGCCGAUGAGGAGAGGAAGGCUUCCGAGAGCGACAGGGAGUCGGCAGAAGGCAAAACAGGAGGUUACGCAGAGUAGACGCUUCCGGAAAGGUCUUGUUCGUCAACAUUGCCACGCAGAUUGUCGUGUCGUCUUGCGUCUGCUACAACCACAAAAAUGUGAAUUUUGUUUGGCUUUGUAGAAGUGCUGCUUCUCGGUUCUCGGGGUAAGAACGACGAAAUCGUUGCAAGACUUUCCGCCACGUAUCAAAACUCGCCAAUGAGAAUCAACUUUUUCGGCUUGUUGCUGGUGCCAUGGUCGAAUCUAUCCGUUGCUUCAGGCGCUCAGAUGACGAGACAUGGUGAGAUUAGUGAACGAUUCAUUUGCAGACGUUUAAAGUUUGAAAGGUGUUAUGGAAGAGAGAGAUACUGUCUGGGAUUUGGGACUUCAGCGAUUUCAAUAUCACUGUCAAAGGAAGACAACAUACCCAAAAUUGAGCGACAUCCUACACCCUCCCUUGUUGUUGAGGGCCCAAAAUCCCGAAACGAAAACACGAAGUUCAAAAAUUCCCCCACGGGGACUUCGUUUUUGCAACCAACUUUUGAUGACCGCAUGCAUCUUCCAACGAGCCAGAGUCGGCCGAACAGCCUUUCUGUGACUUUCUCUCCUUACUACUGGUAGCUAGCUAGCCACACGAGAGUCCUCAGUUCACUAUGAACCCCACCUCCAAGUUUUACCGGUAUCAACCUGGGGUUCGGUUAAUUCUUUUUUUUUGCGUUCGGCAUAAGAGACACUCUGCUCCUAAAUGGAAACUCACUUUGAGCAGAAUAGGACUAUUUGAAUGGGGACGUGGAUGGUGGUGUUCGCAUGCACAUGCAAC